AUGGCAGAGCGAGAGAAGAAGAGCGGCCUUCGAGCCAUGUUUGGCAUGCGAUCUAAUCCAAGCAAAGAGCCAAAGCAGCAAGGGGCGCGGAAGAAGCUAUCCAAGAAAGGAUCACGAAGCGAUGUACUCGCAAAGCUUGAUUCGACUACCGAUGAGGCCAAGGCCACUCGCCAGGAUUCCGGCAGUUUCACAAACGAGAGAAACGCUUCAACGGCAAGUAGCUUUGGACUUCCGACCUUUGACGACCUGGCUGGAGUUGCGCCACAUGCAUUGCGCGAUAAUCCGUACACGGCCAUCAAUGCUUAUGCCGACACAAGCAACGCCCGUCUCCACUUUGAUCUGCAGGAUGCCGAUUACCGUCGCAACUCAGACGGACAGCCGCAGUAUGCUGUGCCAGUGUAUCCAGGACAAGGCCGGUCGGCAUCGCUGCCACAGAUUCAGGGCGGACAGGCUCUCCCGUAUGCACCACCAAAAACGCAGCCGUCGAAACUCAGCAAGGCGCACCGAGCACCCUCGGCGCGUGUAAGACCAGAUGACAUUCUCGACAAGGACACCGGAGAGAGGAAAGAUCUCACCGAGAUGAUGCAUGCCUUCACGUACGUGGAAGGCAUAGACACCGUCGAGGAGGAGCGUGACGACGAAUCCCUGCUCUAUGACCCUUCACGGCCGGACGGAACGGCGCUCCUCGCUAGCGCAUCGCCCGAAGUAUGGCUUCGAAUUGCUGAUUUUCUAUCGCCUUUGGAUGUUGCCAAUCUGUCUUCGACGUGCCGAACCAUGUAUGCUCGACUGGGCCAGCAUCCGUACAAACUACUUUUGGACCCGGAGCACCGCCUCCACCGGCUGGACUUCUUGCUAGCCAUGGAUUCCAAGAUGCCGCGUCAUCUGUUCUGUUUCCCAUGCGCUCAAUGGCACCUACGUAUCCAGCCCGGGUUUGAGUCGUUGAAGCCACAGAACGUUGUCAAUCCUCUUUUUGAAUGUCCGAAUAUGACGAACAUCAAUAUGCCACCUCCCCGUAUUCGCAUCACCGAUGGGCGUACCCUGCCAUUCGCAUUCGUGCAGCUAGCCCGCCGCCACUGGGCUUACGGACCCGAGUAUGGCAUUCCGCAUCAAUCUCUUGCGCGCCGUUGGAAAGAUUCGUACUCAGAAUGGAGCCACGAAACCACUUACCACAUUACAAAUAAGGGUAAUUUUCUGAUGCGAGUCCGCUCCCAGCACCACGUUGAGGGCGGCAUGACCGACGCUGCGAAGCGUCUCCUACUCUUCAGCAGGGGCGACUACACCCCGUACUUUAGCGUAUGCUCGCAUUGGAAACACGGUCUUCUAACCUCCAUUCCUAAAUGCGCACUAUCACACAUACCUCAUUCUACCGAAGCGGAUACCACGGCCCUCGAUAAGUUCCGAGAACGCAACCUUGGGAAGAAGAUUGCUGGGAAGGUGCCUUUGUGUUCUGUAUGCCAGCCCAUGCGCCGGUGUCCUAAAUGCCCUACAGAGUAUCUCUUUGAUCUCAAGCUCGUUGAAGAUAGAUCUGUUCGCACCAACACAACAGGCCGUUUCAAACAAGCACUCGUGGUCACGCGCUGGAGUGACUUGGGAACUGCACGUAGCACAGAAGAUGCACAGUGGAGCGCCAUAACGGGGGACAACGACAACUAUGACAGCUUCAAGGAGAUUGGGCGGAGAGCCGUGAGCGGCGUGUUUGAAAGCGCGUUUACAGAUACCAUUCCCGGACAACGAAUCAUGAGCAUGAACCCGCAAAAUGUAACGUCCAACGAGGAGGGUGGGACCUGGUAUUAA